GGGAGUCAAGUCGUGGUCACUAGAAAAUUGGUACAAUUUUUAAUGCCAAAAUUUUGGGUACAAAUAGACAUCCACUGCUGCCAUUUCCUCCACAACAACUUCGAGCAUCUACUGUCAAAGAUUCGAAACCCAAUAGCUUUACCAAAUAACCUCAACUUCCCAUAUAUCUCUCCCCCACCACCUCCACCACACCCAUCUUUCUCGCCACCACCUCCACCUAGCCGUCCAAUGUCACCACCACCACCACAUCAUCCAAUCAUUCCGCCACCACCUCCCCACGUACGCCCCCCACCACCACCACUUCGUCCUCCACCUUCGCCAGGUAACCACUCUACAGUCAUAAUCAUUGUGUUCGUCUCAUGUGGUUGCCUAUUCCUCCUUGCAUUUCUUGCAUUCGCUCUAUGUUGUUGCAUCAAGAAGAAGAAGAAGAAGAAGACAGUUGAAAAGACAGACAUAGUUCAUAUUGAUGAACAUAUGAAAGUCAAGGAGACAAUUGUUCCCGGUCCCCACGGACAACAAGCUGUGCUGCUAGAGAUUGAGGAGGAUGUACAUGUGGAUGAAGAGAUUGUCAAGAAGGAGAAGGUUGGUAAAGGUCUGCAUGCAGAGUCUGGAGGGGAAAACACCGGCACCAUUGAGGCUGGAGCAUCUUCUUCUGCUUCGGACGACCAUAAUCUUCAACACAAGUCCCCAUCAUAGUUCAUGCUACAAAAUUAACUGAGACUCGUCAUGAUUUCAUGCUCAUUAAUUUCAAUAAAGAGUGAUUAAAUUA